CAGUGUUUUGGGCAAGUUGCGUUUUGAGGGAAGCGGCGGGAAGUUCGUACUGCGUUGUGGACCGCAAGUUGGCCGUUCUAGUGAAAAUGCCACGUGCAAAAGCAGCUCAGGCUGGACGACAGGGACCUACAAAGAGGCGCCUUGCAGAGCAGUUUGCUGCUGGGGAGAUCAUAACCGACAUGUCUAAAAAGGAAUGGAAGCUAGGGUUGCCUAUUGGCCAAGGUGGCUUUGGCUGCAUAUAUCUGGCGGACACAAAUUCUUCCAAACCGGUUGGCAGUGAUGCGCCCUGUGUUGUGAAAGUGGAACCCAGUGACAAUGGACCUCUUUUCACUGAAUUAAAGUUCUACCAGCGGGCUGCUAAACCAGAGCAAAUUCAGAAAUGGAUUCGUACACAUAAAUUGAAGUACCUUGGUGUUCCUAAGUAUUGGGGAUCUGGUCUACAUGAUAAAAAUGGAAAAAGUUACAGGUUUAUGAUCAUGGACCGCUUUGGGAGUGACCUUCAGAAAAUCUAUGAAGCAAAUGCCAAAAGGUUUUCUCGGAAAACUGUCUUGCAGCUAAGCUUAAGAAUUCUGGAUAUCCUGGAAUACAUCCAUGAGCAUGAGUACGUGCACGGGGACAUCAAGGCCUCCAACCUUCUUCUGAGCUACAAGAACCCUGACCAGGUGUAUUUGGUGGAUUAUGGGCUUGCUUAUCGAUACUGCCCAGAUGGAGUUCAUAAAGAGUACAAAGAAGAUCCCAAAAGGUGUCACGAUGGCACAUUGGAGUUCACCAGCAUCGAUGCACACAAUGGUGUGGCCCCCUCACGGCGUGGUGAUUUGGAAAUACUUGGUUAUUGCAUGAUCCAGUGGCUCAGUGGCUGUCUUCCUUGGGAGGAUAACUUGAAAGAUCCUAACUACGUUAGAGAUUCCAAAAUUAGAUACAGAGACAAUAUCUCGGCUUUGAUGGAGAAAUGCUUUCCUGAGAAAAACAAGCCAGGUGAAAUUGCUAAGUACAUGGAAACUGUGAAAUUACUGGACUAUGCUGAAAAACCUCUCUAUCAAAAUUUACGUGACAUUCUUUUGCAAGGACUAAAAGCUAUAGGAAGUAAAGAUGAUGGCAAACUGGAUUUUAGUGCUGUGGAGAACGGAAGUGUGAAGACAAUACCAUCCUCAAAGAAGCGGAAGAAAGAAGCAGAGGAAAGCACGGCGUGUAGUGUGGAAGACAUGGAGUGGUCAGACUCACGGGUGGAAGAGGCUGUACAGACUCGUUCAAGAACCAGAAAGAAAGCCCAGAAGUAAAUGAGGUUCCAGAAACCAACUUUUCUGCCUGGUCAUUUGAUUUUCUUCUCUCCUUUUCUAUUUUAUGUUUUAUUUUCAUUUGAAUCUUGUGGGUCAUAGUAAUAAUUGAAUGACAAUUUUUUUAAACAAACUUUAUUAAAAUGAAUAUUUUGUGUACUUUAUUGAAGGAUAAUUUAUGAGAUUCCCCAAAUUUUUAGUCGUUACAACCAUGUGGUUCUGGGGCUUGGGAGUGUGUGUGGCAUGGGGUUGUAUGUUGGCCGUAGCCACUGUGUGCUGCCCAGAGUGGAUGGAGCACUCAGGAGGCUCCUUGCUUUUAAGGAAUGGAGAAUUUGAAAUAAAGGUCUCUUUUGCUUGA